GCACGGCACGCGGCCCGAGGCGGCGGGCGACUCUGACGACGAGAUGCCCGACCUGUCGAUGCUGUGCUUGCCGGCCGCCAAGCGCAACGCGCCCCUGGCCACGAGCUGUUUGCCCUCUGCCGCCGCCAUGCCCUCGGACGACGGCGUCGCUUCGUCGCAGAGCACCGCCAAGCCGAGGGCGGCGGCGCCGUCUCCAUUCGCGCACCGGCACUGCCCGCCCUCGCCAAGCUUGAAGCCUCGCCGACCCAGCUUGCGCGGGGCGGCUACGCCCGAGAGGCGCCUCUCCUUGCCCGACUCUGCGCCGGAGGAGGAGGAGCCGCCCCUGCGCGCGCUCUUCACGGACAGCAGCGGAGACUUGCCAGCCCCUUGUCCAAGUGCUGCCCUCGCGCUCGCCGAAGCCGCGCGCACAGAAGGCGACACGACCGCGGACGAGGCCCGCUCACAUUGUGAGACGGUGCCUCGCUCGGCGGCGACGUCCGACUUGGCGUUGCCGCAGCCCACGGUCCGGCGCUGCGUCUCCUUUGGCGAGGGCAUCGACCUGCAGCAGGCGUUCCUCGUCCCGGACACGCACUACCAGCGAGAGGCGAAGGGCGAGGUGGGCUUGCUGGAAUCCCUCCUCGCCUCCAUCGGAGUCAGGAUUUGAAUUUGGACGGCGAUGGGCGCCGGCGGCAUCCGAGUUUUUGCGAGACGCUCCACCGCGACGCGCGAGACGGCCCCUCGUGCCUCGACGCCGCGCAGCAGGUGAUAGUUGCAAGUUGGUGGGUGAGAUGAUCUUAAAAGGUAGAUAAAUAAGAAAA